UGUCUGUGUAUUACAAUAGUGGCUACAUAUUCAAUGUCGUCCUAAUUUCUGACUCGGGUAUUAUAUUAGUAGAAAGAAAACCUGUGGAUAUUUAAUCAAGAAUGGAACGUUGGGAAGGUCGAGUUGCCUUGGUAACCGGGGCGUCAUCUGGAUUCGGAGAGGACAUUGCAAAGAGAUUGACAGAAUUGGGAAUGAAAGUUAUUGGCUGUGCGAGAAACAUUGACAAAAUACAGGCAUUAGCAGACGGUCUUAAAGAUGCUAAAGGAUCAUUGACGGCAAUGAAAUGUGACGUCUCAAAGGAGGAAGACGUAUUGGCCAUGUUUGAACAAAUCAAGAAAGAGUACGGAGGCGUUGACGUGUGCGUAAAUAAUGCGGGGCUUUCCCAUGAUGCACCGUUGUUGUCCGGAGCAACAGAUCAAUGGCGUAAUAUGUUUGACGUGAAUGUGAUUGGCCUGAUGACGUGCUCCAGGGAGGCGUAUAAAUCCAUGAAAGAACGAGGGGUAGAUGAUGGACACAUCAUACUCAUUGGCAGCAUGUCGGCUCACCGCGUUGUUCCGGACGCACCUUCCAUCCAUUGCUACGCCGCCACAAAAUAUGCGGUAAAGGCUAUCACAGAGGGUCUGAGGAACGAACUAUAUGCUGCUAAAACACACAUUCGAGUAACGCACAUAAGCCCAGGAGCAGCGCGGACGGACUUUAAUAAUCGGAUGUUUAAAGACAGCCCGGAAAAGCUGGCGGCCAAAUGGGUGGGCGUCGAGACGUUGACGUGUGGGGACAUUACAGAAAGCGUCAUCUACGCUUUGGCGGCGCCUGGAAGAGUACAGAUACACGACAUUCUAAUCAGACCCGUGGAAUUCAAGUAUUGAUAUCGAAGCAGAUCUGAAGCUACUUAAGAUCUUAUGUUGGUUGAUGUCAUUUCUAUUUGAAAGUAAGAUAAAUAAAGCAGACGCAUGAAUAUAUUUCUUGAUAAAAUAUUGUUUAACUUUAAUUAUUGAAAUAUCCUUUUGAGGGAUCCUUGUAUUGUGUUCUCAAUAUUCGCAACAAAUAAAUUUAUACAAAAUA